GCGUAACCCGGAAGACUUUUCUGUGAUGUCAUCUGGCGACAACAUGCUCCUCGGCUGUGAAUCGAAAAGUCCGUGGUUGUAGCUUUGGUUUUAUGAAGUCAGUUUGUAACAUCGCUGUUGAAUUACUCAAAUCAAGAGGAGCUCACAGAUCCGCCGCGGCUCGCCGAGUCGGAGCAGAAAUGUGCAAAGAGCUCAAAACCAAAGUGCUGCGUUUACUGCCGCCGACCUCCAACGGGCCGACUGUUAACCAGGAGGGCCAAACAGAUGGUGCUGAAAUCCUGCGUUGCACGGUGAAGGCCCUGAAGGAGGGCCAUGUUGUUGCUGUGCCCACAGACACAAUCUACGGCCUGGCAUGUCUGGCCCAAAACUCUGAAGCCAUCAGAAAAACCUACAACAUCAAAGGUCGAAAUGGACACAAACCACUGGCCAUCUGUGUAGGAGAAGUCCAGGAUAUUUAUAAGUACUGCAAGGUGAAGGUGAAGAAAGAGCUGUUAGGUGACCUGCUGCCUGGUCCCGUCACUCUGGUGUUUGAAAGGUCUGAAACGCUGAACACAGAUCUCAACCCCUUUACCUCACUUGUAGGUGUACGUAUCCCAGACCAUGCCUUCAUGAGGCGCCUUUGCCAGAUGUGUGGGGAGCCACUGGCACUUACCAGCGCCAACAUCAGCUCAUACACCAGCACUGUGAAAGUACAUGAGUUCCAAGAACUCUGGCCUAACCUAGCAGUAGUGGUGGAUGGCGGACCAAUAGGAGACCAGAGCCGUGCAGGUUCAACGGUGGUCGACUUAUCCCAAUUUGGUAAAUACAACAUCAUCAGGCCAGGCUGUGCCCUCUCUUCUACGGUUGAUGUGCUGGAGCGCAAAUAUGGACUGUCAGAGGACUCGGGAAAAUGACCUUUGAGCUCUCCACACUCCACAACACAUGCUGAGACGCACAAAUAGCUUUGACCUUGGGGCUUGGUCAGAAAAGAUGAAUCCUUUUGAUGUUCACACAGAAGAAUUUAGUGUUUCUCAGGAAAGACUAAACAUCAUGAACAAUUCAGGUCUUAAACCACUGGUAUUGUUCUGGCUGCUGCUUUAAGGUCUGAUGUUACUUUUUUCUUUUGAUGAACAUAUUUUCUGCCUUACUUUGUGUGUACUAUCCUGGGAUUAUGUGGGAUUUUAAACUGAGUAUUGUAAUUGUAAAAGUUUUUUUUUUUUUUUUGCAAUUAUAAACAAAAAACAUUUUUUGAAUUUUCAAAGCAGUUUAACUAAGAAUACAGUGGUUUCAGUUAAUAUUUUGACAUACUAUUUUGAUGAGGGUUAUGCGUCAUAGGCCCCCCAUAUAAGACCUGAAUAAAUCUUUCUGAUAACAUAAAAGGAUAGGAGUUCAUUGACUACGCAUGAAAUUUUUAUGAGUUCAGAACAGUUUUUAUUAAAUUAUGAAUCCCCUGUAUUUAUUUUGUCAGUUUGAACUGUGCGAGGCUCUUACUACAGUUGGUCCCCAGCUUCAGUUACAAUAACUCUGUUUUAUGUUGUAGCUUAAACUACAUGUACAAGUUAGAAGAUACUGUAAUACUUAAGAGUCAUGUUCGUUCACACACAGACCAAGUGGAUGCAUACUAUGAAAUACUGAUCUGAUGUAAAUUUGUUUUGAUGGAAUGUAUAAGCUUGGCACAGCCACAAUAAAAGGUGUUUUUUUUUUCA